GUUCGUUAAACAGACCUAGUUCUCGUUUUUUAGUACGUUUAGGUAACUUGCUUAGCUUAGUCUUUCUGUACUCGGGUCUACUACUUCGUCUACUUGUGUCGGUCAAUAUUUUUGGUCUGCUUUUCAGACUCUUCAAUGUUAAAGUUAUUUUGUGCCGGUCCUCAUAAUGAGGAAUGAGAUGAUUGCCUGACUUCCAUGAUCAAGAAAAAAGGGAUAAGUGAAGAAUGAUAUUACUUUUGUGGUACGCAUGUCUAGUCCUUAUUCUCUCGGUCCUAUCGGCGCGGGGUAUCAUUCCAUACGGGCCGACGGAGGUGCAACAAUUGAGCCCAUGCAACUCAGUGGUCAAACUGCCUUCCAAUUUUCAAUCGACAACCAUCUUCCAGCUGGACGCGCUUGACCGCCCCGCGCAGCCGGCCACGGAGGACUUCAACGUCACCAGUUGCGCCUUCAUUUUCGAGGGCCCGCAAAACGCCACGCUCACCUUCCAGCUCUUCGGCGUCACCAUCAUGCGGGACCCCGACUUCCCGAACAACACGGCGCCCUGCUUGGCCACGCCCACCAAGUCAAAUAUCCAGCUCUACGAUUAUACCGCUGACGGCAAUCUACAAUUGAUCUCCGUCAAUUGUCAAAAUGAAACUUGGAGUGAGAGGAUUUCUACCACAAGCAACAUUGGAGUGUUGACCAGCACCAUCAGUGGACAUUUUGCUCUCUCUGUCCAAAAAGUCUACGCGGCCCAGGAGCUGGUUGAACCAAUCUUGUCUCUGCCGUUCGAGUAGUUUUCCUAAGUUCCCUUCUAUCUAAAAUGAAGCUCGAACGUUUUACGAACGCCACCAUUAUACAAAUUUUGGGCGCGCCACUAGGAAAAAUGUUAGAAUUACAAGUUUUCCAGCUAUUGCUGAUCAUGAAGAAUUUCUCAUGACUUCACCGUUGUUCGCGAAUCUGAGUGAGUGCUUGGUGAUUUUACUGUGAUGUUUGACUUAUCUUUUCAAAAUAGAAUAGGGGGAAAAAUUAGUCUUGAAAAUUUAAAACUUGCUCAGGGCGUCCCUUUUUGCGUGACGAUGAUUUCGGAAAGUCACAUUGAGUAGUUGUUCAAAUUGGGUCCUGUUCUCUCAGAACAUUAUACUUAUCCAUUAUCAUAACCACACGAUGCAGUACUUGGAACCAUGCCCAAUAAUAGUGACAUUUAUUCAAUGAUGAGUCAUUAACCAAGGAUAUUUUACAUUUUGUUAAGAAUUCACAAUUUAAACUCAGAGCCCCACUCUUUGUGGUAUCGAUAAUCGUGAAGUAUUGACCCUUUUGAUUCCUCUUUUAAAAUAAUUUUCAAUUCGUUUCUUCACUUUUCAUGGUUCACACUAGAAGGGUGUGUAUGUGUGUGUGCUUUUUUUUUAAAAAAAAUGAAAAAUAAAUAAAAAUUGUUUUUAACUUCUCCAGAAUAGUUUUUACGAUUAAGUCGAGCCACAAAAUUUUAAGAAAAACUAUUCAUAAAUUUGCCCUAUUUAAAUAUUUUACGUGGGGAAAAUUCUGCAGUUUCCAAAACCUCUGACGGCCUUUUCCGUUAUACCGACAGAAUGAUUUAGUGUCGCUCUUUGCUUUUAACCAUUUACCCGCACUCAAAACCUAGCAUGUAUUAUCGAGUAUCUAGCCCACUGAUUUGGUGGAACCUCGUUUGUCAUUGAAGAAAAUUGAGUCACGAGCGUACAUUCAGAAAAUCUCCUUGCAGAGGUCGAAUUUAAGUUCUAAGCACUCAA